GCCCGAACCGUAUUCUUUUAGUUCGAUUCACAAUGAAUUCACGAAUUUUCUUUGUUCUCAUCGCGUUCCAAGUUCUUUCAACCUACGCAGCUCCAAGAUCAGGAUGUACAAUUUCGAUUAAUAACGAUUUGGGGGAUCCCCAACCCUUGGUGAUAAAACCAAACGGCGGGGUGGGUCAAGAAGCUUUUUAUCAACCAACUUCCGGUGAUAAAAUCGUUCUUAACGACGGAGAUGUCGUUGAAGUUGCUUGUCCCAAUAAUAAUUUAGUAAUCGAUGGAGUGUCUGGAAAUAGAGUUGACGAAGCGGUUUGUAACGGUGGAAAAUUCGACAUCGACGGCCAAACCGUUUACUUUUCCGAUAUCACAUGUAAAUCAAAUCCUUAUCACGUAGCUAAAAAGAUAGAAGACGCCACGUGCACAAAUGGAAAAACUCCCUUUGAAAUUGGUUUCGAAGUCGACGAAAACAGAUUUUUGAAAAUCAUCGAUAUCUGUUUUGACGAAGACCUUCAAACAACCCUUUACAGCCGUUUCGAUUUGCCGCGAAGCAUCGGGGGAUACCAAAGUGGUUUUCCAAGACCUGGAUGGAACGCAGAACAUUUCACCGCACCAAAUGUAGAUAAUUUAUACACCAGAAACACUCAAAGAACGACCAUAAACGCCCUUCUUGGGUUACCUUCGAAUUCUUAUAAAUACAUCGCGCAAUCGAGUGAUUAUUUUAUGUCCCGAGGUCAUUUAACAGCGAAAGCCGACUUCGUUUAUGGAGCCCACCAAAGAGGAACGUUUUAUUUCUUAAACGCAGCCCCGCAAUGGCAAACAUUCAACGGAAGAAAUUGGAAUUCAUUAGAACAAGACGUUCGUGGAUACGCCGCUGAUGAACAAAAAAAUCUUGUUGUUUACACCGGAACUCACGGAGUCGCCACUUUACCCCACGAAGAAACCGGCGAAGAAAUCGAAUUGUAUCUUUACGUAAACGGAGAUGUUAAACAAAUUCCGGUUCCUCAACUUUACUGGAAAGUAGUUUAUGAGCCAAGCACUAAAUCCGCGAUUGCUUUCGUCGGGGUUAACAACCCCUACGUCGAAGAUUUAACCGAUCAAAUUAUUUGCAACGAUAUUUGCGAUAGAAUCAAUUGGUUGAGUUGGGAUCAACACGAUUCUCAAGAUGGAUAUAGUUAUUGUUGUUCCGUCGAUGAAUUAAAAGAAACCGUUAAGAAUUUACCGGAUUUGGAUGUUCAAGGUUUGUUACAAUAAAGGAAAAUAAAUGUGGCAAUUUAUAAAUAAAUUGAUUAAAUUCUUAA